AUGUCUUAUGUCUUAAUUUUGCACAGCCGGCCGUUCAUGCGCGCCAUUUUUCGGGCACUCGAGGUUGGCUUGGGCAACGAUUACGACACACUUUUUGCUCUCAUCCUUCUCACAACAAUGGGCACUAGCCCAGGCCUCGACCAAGGUACUCUUCGACUAGCAUUUCUUACCUUUAGGGAGGAUGCGGAGGGCAAGAGCCUAGGAUACAACCAUCAGCUUGUUACAAAACUCAUUGAUAUAGUUUCGGAUGCCUGCCACUCAGGUUCGUUGUUCUAUUAA